CAAAAUGAUUGGAUUUGGUAAACAAGGAAAAGUAAAAAAAGAAAUAGUUCUACAAAUCCUGACUACCAUACUUAUACCAAUAUUCAACAGGAUUUACAGACUAAGACGCAUACUAUGAUAUCCUAUAAUGAAUAUGGAGAAACGGCUACUACAGUCGGGGCCGGAAAACCAGAACAGAUAUUAGUCGAGCUGGAGAAGAAAGAGAAGACAGGGGGAUUUGAUAAAUUUGACGAAACACCGCGAAGACUCAGCUAUUCAACAGAAUCCAGAAAUCAGAAACAAUCAAGACCAAAAUCUUCCAAGGAACGAUCUAAAAGUGAAACAGAUUCUCCUUUAACUGGAGGAAAGAGGAAAAAGAAGAAAAAACGAAGAAAAAGGUCCAAAAGUUUAAACACAGACACCCAGGAAAAGAAAGCAAUUGUUGAAGAUGAUGAAUCAGAGGAAUCCAACAGGGAGGAGUUUGUUGAACCUGCCACCUCUGUGUGUCCAAUGUGCCUCAUGAAUGCUCAGGACUGCGCCCACAAUGCAUUGGGAAGAUUACUCUCAAGAGAACAAGAACAAAACGAUAUUACAGUUGAUGAGCCUGAUGAAGAGGGUAUAGUCAACCCUGUCGAAGGAGAACAAAUAAAUGAAACAAAACAAAGAAGAAAAUCAAAGAAGAAGGAAGAACCAGAAAGGAAAAGAAGGAAGAAGAAAAGGGAGAGUAUAAGAAAAAAAAGCUCGGAACUCAGUCCUAAAUUCAAUUCUCCUGGCGUAAAAAAGAAGAAGAAAAAGCAAAAAGAGAAAACUUUAAUAAGUAAGAAAAAGAAUGAUCUGACUAAGUCUGUCAAAGAUAUCCCUUUACCUAUCCGAGAUUUAUCUAAGUAUCAAACAUCACCAAGUCAUUAUAGUGGCUCUCAACUUUCAGCAGAUGAGGUUGAGGAGGAGUUUGAUGAAUAUUUUGUAGUUGAAGCAGACCUUAGCACUUUCGGGGGAUACUUCUACUUCUCGUCAGUAUCAGUCCCAGUGGAUUUAAGACAACCAGAGAUAAUACAAAGAAGAUCUAGUAAUACCCCGGCACUACCUAAGAAAGCUGCUGAUGAAGAUGAUGAAAAGAAUAAAUUAGAAGAAGAUUUGGAAGAACUUAGGAUGGAUAACCUAGUUCUUCAAAACCAGAUUCUGGAGCAGGAAAGAGAACUAGAAAAUCUUGGAUGCUUCAGGUGCCUCUUCCAGAGGAGUAGUAACGAGAUCACACCAUUGAACACGGAGAAAAAUAAGUUUAACUAUUUAAGUGAAAAAAAUAUGAAUAAUAACAAGAAGUAAUCCGUUUUAUCAUUAAAUAUAU